AAGCUUCGUGACAUGUCGUCAUCGGAUAUGAACCUGAUGGACCUGCUCUUCCCGCGGGAAGACUCGUUCCUGAAAGGUGACGUUAAGGACGAACCUUUCAUAGAUCAAAGCUACGGAGAAGACGCCAUCACGACCGAGGAAUGGCCGUCGAAUCCCGACGACUUCCUGGACUCAAUUUUCAAACUGGAGGACCAUCAGUUCAACUUGAUCGAGAAUGACUUGGAGACGAUCCCGUCGUCCUCCUCGGACAGUGGACUAUCGAGCGCUCUCAGCCUCUCCUGCGAGCAGCAGCUGAGCCCGCUGUUGCCCAUCGAGGAGGACCAGGUGGAGAUCAGCAACUCCGAGAUGAGCAGUCCGCAGAAUUUCAUGGACUUCGAAUCGUUAGACAGCCCGAACCAGUCGGUGGGCAGCGUGGAUAGUCCGGUGAGGUCGGUUGUUAGCUCCAACGUUGGUUCACCUGUUACGGACAUUCCCGAAGAGAUGGAUGUGGAGCAGACCCUCGUCGCGGUUGUGAACCCUAAUAACACCAUGGCGGACACCGCCACCACUAUCCUCACAGAACAUCCGGUUCUGGAUUUAGACAAACUACCGAAGGUUCGCGUCGCACCCCAGGAGGGUAACACAAUAAACGUCCGUAAUAUUUCCUGCAACGGCAAACGUAAUAUCAGACAAUUGAUACGUGUCACGCCGAUGGGUUCUGGGAAUCCAAGAUCAAUUCUACUACCAGUGAGCCUCAAAGACAUGAAGGAGGUGCGAACCAUAAAAAUCAUCAAUGCAUCACAGGCGAGGAAUCUGAAAGGGUUCAAAAUUAACCAGGCAAACAUCAUCAACAAACCCGUCCAGGUGACCAUCAAGCAAGAGGACUCGGGGAGCGAAAAAAGUCGCAAUUCGAGCGACGAUGUGUCGGAGACGGAUUCCCCGUAUCCAAGGCUAAAGCUGAACGCCGAAGAGAAACGUCUGCUCCAGAAAGAGGGUAUAACGUUGCCGACACAUUAUCCGUUGACGAAGCACGAGGAGCGCGAGCUAAAGAGGAUCAGGCGCAAGAUUCGCAACAAAAUAUCCGCGCAGGACUCGCGGAAACGGAAAAAGGAGUAUGUAGACGGGCUGGAGGAUCGCGUGAAGCAAUGCACCGAGGAGAACAUGACGCUUCUGAAGCGCAUCAAGGCGCUUCAGUCGCAGAAUCAGAGCCUGGCUGGACAGUUGAAGAGGUUACAGGCGUUGCUACAAAAGGGUAACAAGAGCGCCCCGCCGGCCACUUGUCUAAUGGUCUUGCUGCUCUCUUUGGCUCUUGUAGCCGUACCGAAUCUACGACCGCACUCCAAUUCCAAUAACGAACUCACGCAGGAACAAGAACAGCCGGAAAAAAUGCCGCCGCUGGCAGGCCGUUCACGAACACUCCUCUACACGAAGCAGCUGAUGGACGAGGAGCUGCAGCAAUACAGCGAGGAAUUGCUGCAGGAAGUGGAAGGUCUCCUGGAUCACGAUUACAGCCCGGUGAUCCAGCCACCUCUCCACAAACGUCCUCGCAUGGACGUGGAACUGACGCAGAAAUGCGUGUCGUCCUCGGAUCACGUAGGUGGGACGCUUUGCGGAAAGCCGGAGUACAUCACGAUAUCCGGCAGGAAGUACAUCGAACCGCCAUUGGACGACGUUUGGCCACCGCCAAAUCCGGGUGGGCGCAAGAACGGAAAGGUGGUCGACAAGCUCGAGGCGCUGACGAACGAGCUGAAAAUCAACAUUUCGGAUGCGGACGGCACUAGGACCGUCCUCGUCAAGGUGCCGCAAGAAAAAUAGAUCAACUCUUUCGCUGGUACGGGUGCUCGCGAGUUCUCACGAAGGAAGUACGAGAGCUGUGACUCGAAUUACUGAAUGAAACUUAACCCUUUAGGCUAUAACGUGUGAGACACGUGAUAAGGAAUUCGAAUCGAACAUGAAAAGCACGAGUUAGACACGUCGUAUGAACGUACACAAGCGUCUUUAUACCCGACUAGUUAUCCCCCGCGGUUUCACCCUCAUGGAAUACUAUUUAUUUUAUGUCGUUCGCAUUCAACCGCGUGUUCCUUCGCGAAUCAGUAGAUGACUGUCUUUUGUUUUCCGUAACUCAGAUGUUUCAAACGAUAUUUCCUACAGUUGUGGCCCGCGGUUUCACUUGGUUUCACUCCCGUGGAAUACUAACGUUGUAACGAUUUCCAUCGCCACAUUUCGCUGUGUAUUUACAAAUUUUGUUUUUUUCAACGUGGUUGGACUAACCUGUAGCUUCUAAUGUUACUGCAGUUGAGUCGAUGAGACUCUGCUUAAGGAUAGAAGCAUCGAUAAUUAGGUGAUCUCGUUAAGAAAAACAUAGGAAACGCGAAGCGACAUGCCAUUCUACUAUAGGAUAGGAGCGCAUAAGUUACCUAAGCAGUAAAUCUAAUUACACAUGUGGUGAACUGUAAACUAAUGUUCGAAACAAAGAAUUUGGUUGUAGGCUAACUGCACUUCAUAAACGCGAAUCUUAAGCAGAAGCUCUAGAUUAAUUCGUCCACGUUAAAGCAACAAAAUUAUUUUAAAGGCAGCGGCAUCUAGUAACUCUAAUUUUCAUCAGAUUACAUUACUUUGAUGGGGAUCUUUAUCUCUGCUAAGAUUCAUUUGAAAACUCGAGUUACAAUUCACGUAUUUCGCUUAUUAGAUUGGUGCAUUUCAUGCAGUGAACUUUUGCGAGGCGUUGUCGGAGUAUGCUUAACAUUUUAGCUACCUCUGCCUAUUCAGAAAUAGUCUACAUCUUAGGAAAUAAUUUUCUACAUUAGUAUACAACUAAUAUACAUUUCAUGAAUAACUUUACGUAUCUCUCUGGCUUUCGGCAUUAUCGUGGCGCGAAUGGAAAGUCUAUUUCCUCAAACUCAGCAUCUUACGUACACAAACAAAAACACAGUUAAUAGGUUGCGAUAGGUAGACAUUGGAAUUUAAACACCUACGAAUAGGCUCACAGUAGAUAAAGUGUUAAUCGACGCGACUACUCGACUUCCUCAUGCAAUGCGUGCUAAGGAAUCGAAUCUUGCGAAGCACGGAAAGGGUUGAAGAUUCACGCGUCACCUUGAGAUGAAAAGUAACUAUCACCCAAUCCUAUCGUUUUGUGUUAACACUUUGCGAAGCGAUGUACAUACGUUGCGUUCCAUGGCUAUGAACUAUGAUAGUCUUUUCAUAGUGUGUUUCCUAGGCGGUUUUCUUUGAAAAAGAAUUCCUUAUACCAAGAGAAACAGAUCACCGAAUAUCCUUUGAACGUAUUCUUCAUUCGUUAAGUGAUUGUAUCUCUAUCUUUUAGAGAAAAAAAUUCGCAAAGGGUUGAAUGUUAAUAAUGAAAGUAUAAAUCUCUUCGAACGAGAGACGUAUAGAAGGUGCAGUUCAGCUAGCAUGUCGCAUAAGUUUUAAAUACAUUUUUUUUGCGUAAAUGUUGUAUAAAAUUGAGAAGAAUCUGUUCGACCAAUUUGUUCCAACAGAUGGUCGGUUUUCCUUUCUGUAUCAACGAGUUUGGACAUUUUUAUUCGCGAACCAAUUGUCCAGUUCUCGAUGAAUUUUCGAUACACGCGAGUUUUUAUACUAUGUCACUCUUAUUCUCGCGUGUGUGUAUAUUUUGGAUAUCGAAGCUAUCUCGUAUUCAUCCAUCAUUAAUCGCGUACUGCUCAUCGAUAUUUGCGUAAUAAAUACACAUCGAUCGUGUCACGAAACAUUGAUUUUUAUCGAUUGUGUACCACGCCUAUUAGUCGAAGAUAUUGUAUACCUAUAUAGAUCGAUCGUUUUAGGUAAUUUUUCCAGGAGUUUUUAUCGAUUGAACGAUAUUUAAGAUUUAUCUAUUUAUAAGGAGAAUUUAUUACAAGAGUUUUACAAUUAUUAUUGCUGUUGCCGAUGAUAAGAGAUAUUUGUAUAUAGUUACUAUAGAGAAACGUAAAACUGACACAGAUAUAUAUAUAUAUUAAAACUAUACCUAUCAUAGCUUUAAAUUUAACGAAAUGAAUUUACGACUGUAUGUACGUUACUGUACGCGAAAUAAGCUAUUUGCAGAAGUACAGUAGACUACAAGUAAUUCGUUGAUGAAAUUUGUUUAUAAAUACACAUACGAAAGUGUGUAGCAUAUACGUUUCCAUUCUUUACUGCGCGAUAGAUUCGAUUACCCGAAGAAUGAAUUUCGUUGUAUAAUUUCCGAGGGCUGGGUAUCAUAUUUAAUGUCAUAUCACACGAAAGGUUUGCACCAGGUUGAAUUAAGAUAAAUCUGCGCCACGUUUUACCGUGAAACGUAUUUAAAACGAAACCUGCGUGUUUAUAACACCAGGCUUGAAGACUGCAUCAUACAUGUUAAUCGCAUUUUGACAUUUUCUUCAAACUCGAGACACAUAUUCCUCGCCUCAUCUUUAAUUCCUUACGUUUAGAUAAGUUAAAUGAUCGUCGAAUUUAUUUUUACUUUAUAUACGGCUAGCGUUAUGUGCGCAUAGAAACGCUAACUAUAUUCAUUGAAUUGUAAAUAAACACACCGUGAAGAAAACAUUUCGUCGUUGUUUAAAUUGUUCGUACUUACGUUAAUUUCUUCUUCGAUGAUGUUCGAGGAAGGACACAAGAAACACGUACGGUAAAGAAAAAUAGAAAAACGAAUGUGUCGCAAGAAAAGAUUCGAAUUCUUUUCUUGCUACUAGAUUUACGAGUUUUUGUAUGUAAGGAAUUCAGACGUUCUUCCAAAAAGUUGUUAUUGAACACGUAUAUGUGACCGUUGCCGGUGCUGUACGCAACGCCGACAUGCGUUUUUAUUUAGAUAAGUUGAACGAUACAUUCCUACCAGUAAUGUUUAUUCAAAAAUAGAACGGUUCUAUUUUUGCACUAUGUAAAAGGGUUGAAGGUAUUACACUCUAAAUUUUAUUCAAUAUAGGUGUAACGAAAUUAGAAAAUAAAUGUUACAGUCGAA